AUGAUUUCCAAUCCAACAACCACAGAUCAAAUCAUCGACGUCUCUCCCAUUCCCGACUCCUUCUACGACAAUAUUUGUGAAUACUAUGAAGAAUUGAUCGAUCAUCCUGACAAGUAUCUCUUCAACGCUCGUCAAUGGUUGCAUUGGUUUCAUCAUUAUCAAAAUGAAUCUGAUACCUAUGCUUUGAAAUUAAUGAGACGAGUCAUUCAGAGUGGAACUUUGUAUGCAUUUCGUACUUUACAAUUCGUAGUACCUUCUUGUAAUGAUGAUGAACAAAUAUUAGAAAUGAUUGAUUCGAAUCAAAAUUCUGAAGGAAUUCCUUCAGUUCAUGAUUCAUCCAUUUUCAAAGGAAAAGAGAAACAUAUUCGAAAAGACAUUUUGAUUAAUAAGGAAGAAUUAAUUCAAAGUGCAUGUCAUGUACAAUGUUAUUCGGAUCAAUUAGCUGCCAAAUGCAUUGCUGAGAGUUUGCGAGUGAAACCUGUGUUUGGAAAGACGAGUAUUUCGAUUGUUGAAGGGGAUUGUUUAGAAGUUGCCAUUCAUGUCAUGAUGAAACAACGAACAUUGUCACUCAUUGAUAGCACUACUACGACUACCACUGGUAUUAUUAACUCCUCCUCGAGCAGUGCAGUCCUGAACCUGCCAACUGUCAUGUCACCAUCCAAAAAUAACAAAACUCAAAGAAAAUCCAAUUCCUCCAACACUUCCAACCAAUCAACCACCUCUCCAUUACCACCCUUCAAACUUGCUCUAUUAAACAUGGCCUCUUCCAAACGACCUGGAGGAGGUUAUCGUGAAGGAGCAGGAUCUCAAGAAGAAAAUCUUUUUCGAAGGACCUCUCUUGCAUUUUCCUUAGAAGAUAUUCGAUUCGUUUGA